AUGCUCCUUCCUGAAUACCUCUCAUCAUCACUGUCAGAGGGGAAAGACAUGGAAAACCUGUCUGUUCCUUGCUUUGUGAAUACCGUCUUCCCUGUCAGAGGGAGGCAUGGAAAGCCCUCCGUCUUCCUUUCCACCUGGGACUUAUUCUCUUUGGUCCUGUCAAACCCGACUCCUUCCCCUGCUUUGAAUACCUCUCAUCAUCACUGUCAGAGGGCAGGGGAAAGCCCUCCGUCUUCCCUGAAAAUUCCACCUGGGACUUAUCCUCUUUGGUCACUUCAUCAAACCCGUCUCCUUCCUGCUUUUGUUACGAAUACCUCUCAUCAUCACUAUCAGAGGGCAUGGAAAGCCCUCCUUUGUGGCGAAUACCUCUCAUCAUCACUGUCAGAGGGGCAUGGGAAACUCCUCCGUCUUCCUGAAAUUCUACCUGGGACUUAUCCUCUUUGGUCACUUCAUCAAACCCGUCUCCUUCCCUGCUUUGUGCGAAUACCUCUCAUCAUCACUGUCAGAGGGGCAUGGAAAGCCCUCCGUCUUCCUGAAAUUCUACCUGGGACUUAUCCUCUUUGGUCACUUCAUCAAACCCGUCUCCUUCCUGCUUUGUGCGAAUACCUCUCAUCAUCACUGUCAGAGGGCAUGGAAAGCCCUUUGGUCCCUGAUCCAACCCAUCUCCUUCCUGCUUUGUGUGAAUAUCUCAUCAUCACUGUCGGACUUCUUCCUGGAAUUCACCUGGGACUUUCCUCUUUGAUCACCUGA